CAUAUAUCAUGUCUAUGGUCUCAACGGCUGCGUUCUGAUAUUCACUGCCAGCACUGAAAUUCUAUAGUAUACGUGACACAAACUAUGUAUUUUCAGUACUGGCAGUGAAUUUCGGAACGCAGCCAACAUCGUCAAUAAGACGCAAAUAACGAGGGAGAGAGGGAAGCUUGAAUGGUUGUCGACAUGAUGACACCGUUGACGUCGCGGAGAACCAUGAUAAUGAACAACAAGGAGUUCUACAGCUUUCGUGUGACUGUACAUAAGGAUAAGUCUGUUGUGAUGAGGAGAAGCUUAGUCAUUCCAUCAUGGCAAUCUCUUACUCAGGAAAAUUUACAACAAAGACUGCGUGACAAGUGUGGAAGUAAAGGAAUCAGUCAUAUUUCUUACAUCGAUGAUGAUGGUGAUGAAAUUCCAAUAGAGUCAGAAUAUGAGUUUCAGGAGGCAUUAAGACUUGCAAAAACUUCUACUCCAAGCAAUAAAGGACUUGUAUUACUUACAAGAUCCUGCAAACUUACUGAAUGGAAUAAUAUUUUGGAUAUGAGACAAUAUAAUGAAAAAAAUGAAAAACAGAAUGUACAGAAUACUGAGAAGAUUAUACAAAGUUGUACCUCAGAUUUAAACAAUAUAACACAUACAAUGACAGAUAUGUCAUGUUAUGUUGAUAAGAUGAGUGAGAAGCAGUCAGAGCCGGUGGUUUCAUAUGAUACAUGGUUAAAAGUUGAUGAUUCAAAUAUUUCAAUGCAAUGGCACUCACCAAAAGUAUUGAAUGAAAAUACUUCACCUCCUCCAUGGUUUACAGAAUAUAUGGAAUCUAUGAAAAAACAAAUGAUGUCUACCAUUACUCAAGAAGUAGUGAAGCAAAUGAAGGAAAUAUUAAACGAACACUUAGACUCCUUUACAUCCCUUAUAUCUGAUGAAACUAAUCAAUCCAGGAGGCGAUCACAUUCUUCUCUUUCAAAACGACACCUUCGAUGCUCCUUCGAUUCGCACUUGAAUGCCCAAUUGAAUGAGAGAAACCAUAAAACAGUGAAUGCUCAAGAUGAGGGGCAAUUCAGUGAUGCUUCAAUCGAACAGGUGGAUGAACCGGAGGAUUUGAACAUAAAUAUGAACGCGAAGGAUCACUGUCGGCAGUUGCAGCAAACGAAGCUGUUAUUAAACUUAAACGAUUUGGACAAUAUCAAGGAUAUUCAUGAGAUCCUGAAGGAGAAGCAAUAUUACCGAAUUGAUGAAAUGACUAACAAUCUGGAUAUUAGCGCUAACAAUAAACAAGGAUAUAAGGAAUCUGUUCAAAAUGUUAACGACAACAAUGUGCAAGAAGAUGUUACUCCAAUUUGCAGCAUGACUUCCGAUGCGUUAAAGAUUCUCGAUGGUGAGCUUCGCAUGAACUGCUCUAUUACUGGGAACCGAGCGCUGAAUGUAGAUUCAUUUCACGAGAAUACCUGGUGCGACGAUCUCACAGAGGACAUCGAUAAGAUUAGUCAUUGUUCAGGCUGUUCUAUCGCGGCUGAUGAACGAAAACAUGUAGAUACCUUUGUGAUGGUUGAUAUGCCUACAUCGGAGAAUACUGAUCCACCGCUCGCGCACUCUAAAGUAUUCUCCAUUGCUGAAUUGCAGCAACGUGAUAAUAGUCGAGACUCGCCCAGCUUCGAGCUCUUGUCAGAGACACCCUCGCCACGCUCCUCCUCAUGUAUCGAUGAGGAACAUUUUGUAAAUGUCUUUUCAACGAACGAGGAAGAUCUGCAAACGACUGUAGAGAUUCCGAAGACGGUGACAAGCUCAGCCUAUAUGGUAGACAUUUACGGCAAAAUUUAUAAUGAGCACCUGCCGAUUUCCAAUACGAACGUAGAAUUUGAAAAACGAUCCGAUGGAGUCUAUUCCUUUGUAGCAGAGACCUUGCCGGUACGAGAAACCCGUUCUUCAAAGCCGUCACAUACAGAGCAGCAAACGUUCUGCGAACAGAAAAGCUCGCAGUACAACACAACGGAUUCAAACGAUGAGCAAAGCGAGCUUCCAAACUGUUCGAAAAUAGCAGAUGAUCAGCAUCAAGAGUCGUCCGCAGAGUUUCAUUGGAGAAUGAAUUCGCAGUCACAGACUGACGCAAGCGACUUCAUGCAAAGCUUUCACUCACAUACCACAUCGGUCACUGAUAAUAAUAAUGAUUGCUUUUACCAGUCCUGUCAUAGUUAUGCCAAACAGAAGACUAUGACUAAAGACGCUCAAAAAGCGACUACAAUUCCAAGGAAGGUCACAUGGCAUACUACUCGUGAGAAAAAGAGUGGCAGGGCUAGAAUGGACGAGACGUAUCGUGAUGAUUGGAACAAGUUUCGAUCUCAGCAGUCAAGUCGAACGACCGGACUUGACGGGUCCAAUUGGUCGAGGAGUUCAUCUGGUGAACAGGUGCCGAACGCUACCGCUGAUCCUGUUCUCAUUCUACCGGAAACGCUACUUACCAUGGCCGCUCAAGUGGGAUCAAUUGCUUAUGUCACUGCACGUGAUAUGUUCGACAAAUUGCGUUUGCACACGAAGGAGGAUCCUGUUAAACACAGACAUGUGAAAGUAAAUACCGCUACAAAUAACUGCUCUUCUUCAUGGACAACACGUCGUCCCGCUAAUCAGUCAUAAAGGAUCUUAUAUUCAUAGUUGAUAUCACGUUAGACAAGAUUGCUAGGUAGGCAUGCGUUAGACGAGUUGUGGCCAGCGUGCGUAAACGACGAUUUUUGAUUCAUUGUUUGCAAAUAUUAUCAAGCACGAUUUAACCGUAAAAUAUAAUGUGUAAUUCAUUCGCAGCAUUAGGUUUAGUUCUGCGCGAUGAUAUACCUUACAUUCAUGUGCCGAUAAUCGUUAAUCAAUUUAUUCGGCACAGUGAUACGCGGAGUAGAAUUUCAUUAUUAUAUGGGGUGAAAUUUUAACGGUGCCAAAUUGACAGUGAUAGUGAAGAGCACCGAGACAUCUUGCAUGUACAAGUGAUUCUUAAUUGCGCAUAAUAAAUCGAUAUAUAAUAUAGUGCUUCAAAAAUUGGAGCCGAAGAAUGUUGCUGUCGAAUAUUACGCAUCUAUUUAUUAUGUAAGAUUAAGAAUCAUUGUGUGUAUCAUAUGAUUAGUACAGUACUUAUAGUUCACAUUAUACCAGAAAAUGUGAAAACUGGCUAUAACUAUAUUGGAAUUAAGUAAAUUCAUUACGUACGAAAAUUACGAAGAGAAGCGAAGAGAAAGAAAGGAGAGAGAGAGGAAGAGAGAGUAGUGCAAAUGUGAUUAAUCUCAAAUUGCAAGGAGAUAAGAGAGGCUGUGGAUUUCCAAUGAAACGUAAGAUUUUUUGAGAUAGACGUUUUUUUAAUGUGGAUACGAAAGAAAGAAAAUAAUCAGUUUAUUUAUAUAUGUAUGUCUGAUGCGAUAAAAUUGUCCGGUUCUGAUACGGAUGCAGAACAACGCAACCAACUUUAAAUUGUCGAUAUAUAUUUUACCAGAGUCCAAUGUAGAGACCGAAUGCGUUUAAAAAUGAUCAAUGCUGGCGGUAAGUAACAUUCGUUAUAAAUCAGUUGCACAAAAUUGGCCAUUAUCGGUGCUUGUAUAUAAUUUGCACGUGCGUUUAAUAUAUGCUAAUUAUAUAAAAGUGCUCAUUUUUAUUACUUUUAUGUGAUUGAUUUAUGAUCAAUGUUGGUUUGUUGCCGCCGUUGAAUAUUGCUAUCAGACGCACUUAGUCUCUACAUUCAGUUCUGUUGAAAUAUGCGCUGGCAGUUUGGAAAUGGUUUGUGUUGCUUUACAUUCAUAUAAGCCAGAAUCAGACCAUUUCAUUGCACCUGACUGUAUUUUUAUUUAUAGUCUGUACACGUGUAUUAUGCAAAACGAUAUGUCAAUGUUUGAUGAUAAGAAUCUAGCUACACCAGAUAUUCGACACCGUCUUUUCAAGAUAUAUUGAACCACAUGACAUAUGCGUUACACUGUUCUAGAGCUUGUGGAAAUUUAGGAUUUGCAGAAAUAAACGUUUUAGACACAAAAAUUGUGUAAUCCGAGUAUAAA